CAAAUUAUUGCGAAACGGGCCUUUUUCCGACACUAGACAACUGCUCGAGAGAGACGCCUGAGUUCAGUCUCUUUUCUGCGGAAGCGGCUUUCUAGGAUAUAUAGUUUGGCAGUUCGUUGGCUUUCCCCGUGACGGUCCCAACUCACAACUUAGCAAAAACUGCCGCCCUGGUCUCGCCUGCAAGCGACUGAAAUUAUGGUGUCGAUUCUUCAAAAAAAACCUGCGCAUACAAGUUAGUAUAGGAUGAUACACUACCACUAAACAAACCAUCAAUAUAAUUGUUACCUUUUACCGAUCGUGCUUUAACCGAUCCGUGUCCCCGGCCGGAAAGACUUCUGACAAACAUGGAGACUGGUGAAAAGGCGGUCAAGACUACCUUUGUACCAAGCACCUUUCUCAAAAAGACUGGAACAGUAAUACUUGCAUUACUGAUUCUAACUGCGUUUUGUACGUACAUAACGUAUACUGGAUAUGCAGAGAAAUAUUCGGUCUUCCUAAAUGGUCCAGUUGCCCCGGGCCCCCAAAAUGAAAUAAAAGAUCUGCUCCAUGGACUGAAGCAUGUGUCCAGCAUUCAGCGUUCAGCACUCCCCAGGAGCAGUCACUUUAUAUCUGACAUCUCUGACAACAACCCUUCGUCACGAUUCUAUUCCGUCUGGAGCGAAGAAACCACACAGAUAGCGAGGAAGACAACACAAGAAGACAGGAAGAAAAUUCUUGUCUGGAACCCCUGGCCCACGAUAUCGAUGCUCGGCCGCCGCGCAUGUCCAUCCAUGCCACAGUGUGAAUUUACAAAAGAUCGCAGAGAAGUUGCAGAUGCGAAUGCUGUAAUCUUUUGGUUCGCGACAAUCCCACACGUCUACAACAGUUCCUGGUUCCCCCAGUCACGGCCUGCUGACCAACACUGGAUAAUGCGUACACCAGACUGUCCUCACUUCACAAGGAACCACGACUGGAAGUCCUACGGAGGUGUCUUCAACCGGACCAUGACCUACAGGAACGAUUCAGACAUCUACAUGCCCUGGGGGCACAUCACACAACUUUAUGAAGAAAUUGCCAGAAAACCAGACACUUUGGGUAGACAUUACCCCAAACAGAAGGAUAAGAUAGUCAUAUGGUAUGUGAGUAAUUGCUACAAACACCUGACUCGGUUUGCCUAUGCUAAUGAGCUGAUGAAGUACAUCCAAGUGGACGUGUUUGGUGGUUGUGGAGCUGACUACUGUGGGCUUGGGCCGGGAGGGAGGGAUUGUUUCACAAACCAUUUGCGCCAGUACAAGUUCUACUUAGCAUUUGAAAACUUCAAAUGUGUAGAGUAUAUAACAGAAAAGUUCUGGCUCAAUGGCCUGAAACGCGAUGCCGUGCCGGUUGUUUUGGGUGCACCUAGGAGGGACUAUGAGAGAUUUGCUCCACCCAAUUCUUUCAUUCACGUAGACGAUUUCAAAUCCCCUCGAGCGUUGGCAAGCUACUUAUUAUAUCUAAGUAAACAUGAUGACAAGUAUAUGCAGUAUUUUGCUUGGAAAACCAACCCUCCAAAGAACCUCCCACCGUAUAAAGGGGCCUGGUGUGAAGUAUGUAAGAAGCUUGUACAGGUAAAUCCCAAGGAGAGAAAGGUCUAUAAUGACAUUGACAAGUGGUGGAGGGGGGAAAACUAUGAGUUCUGUGAACCCGUGGUCAUGUUAGAUGGGAUACGGCGCAAAGAGCUUGCAGUGCAUUAUCCCUGAUUGUAAUUAACGCUAGUUCACCUUUAUACGCGGGGUAACCUAUUUCCGUUGUUUAGACAAAAAACAAGGGCUCAGGGAUAUCAAGUCAACGGACGGUGGUUUCAAACAGCAAAACUUUGAAACUAUUCCACUUUGAAAUCAUCGUCCUUCUACCUGAUAUCGUCAUGAUUUUAAAAACAACGGAUAUAGGUUACCCAGCGAAUAAAGGUCAACUGUCGUUACUUCCAUGCAAAAUGGAGGUAUAGUUUUUUUUUUUUUUUUACUUUUCAUGUGUGUCUGCGGGGAAAAUCUCAAGGAUAGAUUUUUAUGAUAUUUGGUACGUGGUAAGAUGUUGUGAAUCUGACGGUGAUGACUGAUUUUUGGUCUCCUGGUGGUUAAUUUUGGUACCGCAGCAUGACUUUCUGGAUUUGUACCUUUUUUAUUGUAACAUAUAAGUAAAUAACAUGAUGGCGACACACUCAAGCUCAACACGCUAAUUUUCGUGUCGUCAUCAAAAACAAACUGAAAGUACAAACGAACAUCGGAACAAUUACAGACAAGAAAAGCAUAUAACAAAGGUAAUGUUGAGUAAAACCACAUAACGAAAUCAUAGAAUAUAAGAAAAAUACAUUUGUAUACAGGUG